GCCAUGCAGGCUGGAUUUAAUGGGUCAAAUGUCCUCACAGCAUCCAGGACAUUCAGGGCUGUGGUGAGUAGAUCAGAGGCUAAAGGCACCUUUAUUCAUUUCUGACACAACGGCUGCAGAGGAAACUCACUGGGCCUGAGCUGCUUUUUCUGUUUGGUUGUGGUCUUAAAGAAUAUAUUUAGGCAUUUGAAGACUGAAAUGAAAAAAGUUAAGUUGUACACAUCCAAACUUCCCGCCUCUUGGAAUGAUGAGCGGCCUCAUCGGAAAGUGGAAAUCGAUCUGAGCUCACCUGGGCUGGCAGUGUUUGAGUUGGAAAAACUCCUGUUCACAGGAAGGGUCAUCAUCAGCCAUGCAGACGAGGUGUGGCCAAGGCUUUACAUCGGUGACCAACAAAGUGCAGAAAACGUGUCUGAUCUCUCCACGCGUCGGUUCACUCACAUCCUGAGCGCAGCUCACAGCGACAGACAAGGACAGCCACAAAUCUACGAGGGAAUGAAUAUCACCUACAUGGGCAUCGAGGCCCGGGACGCCUAUGACUACGACAUGAGCAUCAACUUCCAGGCAGCUGCAGAUUUUAUCCACCGGGCGUUAAGCAGAGGAGGUAAAGUUCUGGUGCACUGUCAUGUGGGAGUCAGUCGCUCGGCAACCCUGGUUCUGGCGUACCUGAUGCUGAAGCAGAACCUGACUCUUGUGGAGGCUGUUUGUGCGGUGAAAGACAAGCGGGGUGUGAUUCCUAAUAGAGGUUUUCUUCGGCAGCUCAUCAAACUGGAUGGACAGCUCUUUGGCUCACAUCGCUGAUUCCCACCUGUGUGUGAGUCCAUGGGAAGAGCGAAGGUUUACUCUCAAAAGACUCAUUUAUUCAAGUGGAACUGUUUUACAAAGAAGCAAUCUCAAUAAUUAAAGUUUUUGCAGAUAAAACUCGCUGAUCACAGCCCUGAGUGUUAGAUCUGAUCGCGUAAAGCUUUGCUCUCUGGUUGUUUCCUGUGUUUAAAAUCAGCUGAUUUGACAGUUUUGUUUUUAUUUAUUAAAGUUUAAAUGAUAUUUUUA